AUGCAAUACGCACCAUUUGCCUCAGAUAUAGAACUGCCAUUUUUUACUGCCUUGGCUUCGCUGAAGAUCAACCAUGAUAAGCUGGAUGAUUCUGCACGCAAAGUUUUAGGGCUUUAUGAGAUCCGUCCAACAGACACCCCCGAAACAUCAUGCCGAAUGCAAAUACAUGGGGAUGCGCUCACAAGCAACGAUGCCCUAGGGGGUUAUUAUCGUGCUGAAGGAUUAAUUAAGAAUGUCAAUACUAUUGAGGAAUACCGAAACAUCGAUAAAGCACAUAUGCUCCGGCAAUCUGGAGAAACGGUUUGGGAUGCGAUAAAUGAUGGCAGCAUCUUCUCUUGUCCGUCACUACUUUCUUCAUUCGUCAUUUUAUCGUACGCAGAUCUGAAGAAGUACAAGUUUUACUACUGGUUUGCUUCACCUGCUCUUCAUUCGGAUCCUUCUUGGACUGCCUCAGAAAGUCCAAGUAAGGCUGCCAAACCUUGUCCUGGUGGGAGUGAAAGCAGCAAUACUGGGUCUUUGACUGCUUCCGAGAAUUCUGCACUCGUCGAAGCGGUUCAAACAUGGAGCUAUGGUGUCGACGCACGCCAACGUGGCUUUUUUUUAGCUCGAAGGAUUUCCAGCUUAGAUGGCCGUGAAGACUCUUCUGCUACCAUCGGUGAAAAGACGACAAGCCAAGAAGAACUGACCCCCAAUCAGUGGCGAAUUGACGCCCUCUCGAGCUAUGAGAGUGGUUUCUUCGAUGGAGCAAGACCUGAAGAUUGCUUCAUAUGCUUCGUGGAUCCUUCGAAUUAUGCGAAUGCACCCGGCUGGAUGCUGAGGAAUUUACUCGUCCUCGUGAAACAGCGCUGGGGGCUUGAUCGAGUUCAAAUACUCCGAUAUCGCGAUAUACAUUCGAUGCGUGAUCAAUGUCGUAGCACUAUCAUCACAUUGGAAUCGAAAUCGUCGCCCGAAUCGAGGUCUACCCAAGCUUCACCAAAACCCAUGCCCAAAGUAACUGGGUGGGAACGCAACCCCGAAGGAAAGUUAACAGGGCGAAUGAUUGACUUGACGGAAUAUCUUGACCCUAAACGGCUAGCGGACCAGUCUGUAGACCUCAAUCUCAAGCUCAUGAAGUGGCGAAUCAGCCCCAAUUUGGAACUAGAGAAGAUCAAAAAGACCAGAUGCCUUCUACUAGGCGCAGGGACCUUAGGGUCUUACGUUGCUCGAAAUUUAAUGGGCUGGGGUGUGACUCGAAUAACAUUCGUUGAUAAUGGGUCUGUGUCGUUUUCUAACCCGGUAAGGCAACCGUUAUUCAACUUCGCCGACUGCAUAGAUGGUGGUGCCAAAAAGGCACACCGUGCAGCACAAGCUUUAUCAGAGAUUUUCCCUGGGGUUGAAUCUACAGGGCAUGCGCUCUCCGUACCGAUGGCAGGCCACCCGGUGAUAGACGCCGAAAAGACCCGAGCAGACUUUGAGAUCCUUAAAGAUUUGAUUGAAAAUCACGAUGCUAUCUUCGUUCUAAUGGAUACCAGAGAGUCGCGGUGGUUACCGACAGUCAUGGGGAAGGCCGCCGGCAAGAUUGUAAUGAAUGCCGCACUCGGAUUUGACUCUUAUGUGGUUAUGCGUCAUGGUGUCAAGAAUAGCGCCGACCCAACAUCAGAACUUGGCUGCUAUUUUUGCAACGAUGUUGUGGCACCUAUGAAUUCUGUGAAAGACCAAACACUCGACCAGCAGUGCACUGUUACCCGACCCGGAGUGGCCCCCAUAGCUUCGGCGUUACUGGUCGAGUUGUUUAUUUCAAUCCUGCAACACCCUCAGGGAGCAGCAGCGCCAGCUCCGGCUUCACGAAGCGAGGAGUAUGGAAACCACCCGCUAGGACUUCUGCCGCACCAGAUUCGUGGGUUCCUAUCGACUUUCGAUAACAUCACGGUAGCGGGUCGAAGUUACAAGUGCUGUAGCGCCUGCUCAGAUAAUAUCAUUGAUGCGUACAAGAAGGAGGGGUGGGAGUUUAUACAGAGAGCAUUGAACGAGACCGGGUAUGUGGAAGAAUUGAGUGGUCUCAAAGAAGUUCAAGCGACAGCAGAAGCGACUAUCGAUGAUAUUGAAUGGGAUGAAGCUUCUGAUACAGAUGAAUUCGCUGAGGCGAUGUAG